AUGGCAUCUCGAGAAUAUAUUGCUGCUGAUGCAACCGAUUUAAUCGGAAAUACGCCGAUGGUUUACUUGAAUAAUGUCACCAAAGGAUGUCUGGCUCGAGUCGCGGUUAAGUUGGAAUACAUGAAUCCAGCGUGCUCAGUGAAAGAUCGUAUUGGUUAUUCAAUGAUUGAUGAUGCUGAAAAAGCAAAUAAAAUCAAACCUCACUUAACGACUUUAAUCGAGCCCACUUCAGGUAACACGGGAAUAGCUUUAGCAUUUGUGGCAGCAUCAAGAGGAUAUCGUUUGAUAUUGACAAUGCCAGCAUCAAUGAGCAUCGAACGAAGAAUCCUUCUGAAAGCAUACGGCGCUGAGGUCGUGCUAACCGAUCCUGCAAAGGGCAUGACUGCUGCUAUCGAAAUGGCACAUCAGCUAGCUAAACGCAUUCCGAAUUCUUUCAUUUUACAGCAGUUUGAAAAUGAAAGCAAUCCUCUGAUUCACUAUAAAACAACCGGACCCGAAAUAUGGAAACAGACCGAUGGCAAAGUGGACAUAGUGGCGAUUUCAGUGGGUACCGGUGGCACAGUCAGCGGUGUUGGAAAAUAUCUCAAAGAGAAGAAUCCAAAAAUAAGGGCAAAUUUUUUAUCAUUUUAUCAAAUUGCAAGUCGAGAUUUCACCUUCCGUUGCGUUGUAGUGGCUUGUGAGCCAGAUGAGGCUGCGGUUUUGAGUGGCGAGAAACCAGGACCCCAUCUGAUUCAAGGUAUCGGAGCUGGUUUCGUACCAAAAACUCUGAAUGUAAAAAUAUGUGAUGAGAUCCUGCGAGUGAAAUCCGAAGAUGCGAUUACGAUGGCAAAACGUUUACCUGCUGAAGAGGGAAUAUUGGCAGGUAUUUCAUCGGGCUGCAAUGUGAUGGCAGCGAUUCAACUCGCAAAACGACCUGAAAAUGCUGGCAAACUGAUCGUAACUAUUUUGCCAAGCUUUGGAGAAAGAUAUCUUUCUACGAUUUUAUAUGCGGAUGUAAAGGAGGCUUCUGCGGCGAUGUCUGUUGACAGCAUUGAUGAAGUAAUGAAGAAGCUGGCCAUUAGCGAUGAAAAGAAGUCUUGA